AUGGCAGGCGCCAGCCCUAUCAAACCCGCAGCUGGGCACAUUGUCAAAUUUGUGGGGCAUGAUGCCACAGGGUUGCCCGUCAAACGCAAACAGGUCCAUCAAGCAUGUCUACCUUGCCGGAAGCACCAACCCGACCAGGAGCCGAGCCAUGACGUUGCCAGUGACGGCGGGGAACGGCGGAGUAAACUCCCACGCCAUGCGGCCCCUACCGACAGGGACACGUCCGAUGCCGCCGCCCAACUGCUCCGCUUCUUCCACCACGCCUCCGAUAAGGCCGCCAGCAGCAGCCCGGAGAGCGACCAGACGCAAGAACUCCGUCCAAUGUCCCCAGCACCGCCAUUCUUAGGAGAUCUCAACCCCGAAGGCAUCCUCGUCGAAGCCACCAUGGCCCCGUCCCGGAAGACUCCCCCAGCAGAUGAGGAUUCCGAACAUCAGGUAAUCGGUUACUUGCCCCCGGCCUCUCCUCGAGAGUCUAGAGGACCAUCAACCCAGGGGCGGCCCGCGGCAUGCACUGGCAGCCCUCACCUAGUCGAAGAAACAUCCGGCCCGUUUUUUUCUGUCCCGCGCGAAGAUGGCACGAGCCUCACCAUACACGUGCAGGACACGGCCAAGUUCGCAGCCAUUGCCCAAACCCUUGUCAAUCGUGGACUGGCCGACAAGGUGAUGCCAUCGGACACGGAGUGGCAGGCCUUGAGAGACCUGUUUUUGACCAAAAUCCAACCCAUCUUUCCCAUCUAUGAAAGGUCGUGUGUUGUGACUCUACCAAAAGAGAGAGGCUUGCGAGAGCUCGUUAAAGGAUCUGUUUGCCUCGCCGCCGCCACCGACCCAGAGGCUCGCAACCUGUUAACCUUCAAAUCCUCUGUAAAUGGGUCCAGAACACAACGAGUGGUGCCCUUCGACGACUAUUCCCGAGAAAUGGCCAGUUUCAUCAACAAGCGUCUUGUCGAGCUGCAAGAGAGCCGUCAAAUCCCAUUCACCGACCAAAUCCAAGUGAUGGCUCUGACCUGCUUUUACUGGCAGCCGGCGAACCCCACCGAGAGGUUUGAACCGCUGAAUUUAUACGCCAAACUUGUCAGCAUGGUACACACCCACGGCGUGCACCUGGGGAUUCUGGCAAGCGCGGCCGCCGAAGGCAGCGUAAAAGGCCGCGGGAAAAGGCUCUUCAAGUGCCUAUACGCUCUCGACAGAUUAGUUGGAGCCAUAUCUGCGCGUCCACUCAUGUUUCAUAACGUCGACUUGAUACAAGUUCCUCGCCCAGACGCCGAGGAUACGCCCAUCUUCAGAUUCUUCCUAUCCCUGAUUCUUCUUCUUGAUCAAGUCAUCGAAAUGUACCGACCACGGCCGAAGGUAAACUGCAUUGACAUACCUGUUUUCGAGCGCAUGGCCAUUGAAGCGGGGGCGCAGUGUGAACCAGAGAUCCUCCUUGUCACGCUUGAAGUACUCUACCAUGCCAUCGGUGUCCUUUCGGUACGCAUGCCUCGGCACCGUUUUCGAAUGGCUCCCGAGUGUGAUGCCCCUCAAGGGCCGCCCACACAACAUUUACCGCCCAGUAGCAUGAAUGCCCGUCGAUCACAUUCCGCCGAUCGCAUUCUUGACGUAAUCAAAGACUACAAACUCAGCCCGAUGCCCUUUGUGCCUUACGCCAUCACGCUAUCGCUUAGUGUCGCGUACCGUAAGUGGCGGUUCAGCCAACUUCCCAUGUUCCGGACCAGAGGUGGCGCCGAUUUCAAAAAGGUGCUUCCCGUGGUACAGGAACUGGGGGCCAUAUGGAGCAGUGCCCGGAUCAACGGACAACUAGGGCAAGCUGUCAUGUUAAAGCUGGAUCGCAGUGAGAUGAUGAAUAGGGACAGGAAGCGGGCGAAGAAAACCGCCGAUGCCGCCAGAGCCAAGAGCGGACGAAACGGAGCGCUUCGCGGAGCGGAAGAUCAAGACGCAUCAACCGGAAGUCUGGGCGGCGUUGGAGCUGAAAAUGUUACGGAACCUGCAAUGGCACAUCUGACUUCAGCACCCGGAGGCAGCAGUAUUACUCCUCCCGGAGCGCCCUCCAGUCCACUUACGGCACCUGAACCGACCCAGAGGGCUCAAUCCCGGGGCACCUUGGACACACCCCUUGGGCCAUCAACUAACUUUCGACCGCUGCCCUCCCCUGCAGCCUCAUGCCUUGCUGACCGACAACAACCACAAUCCCUACCUCUUACGUGGACUACCGCCUGGACGGCCGACAAUAGCAACAGCAACGUACCCGCUAAUCACUCAUGUUUCGCACCGGCCAAAGACAACAUCCCUCACUCCAAUCCGAUGCAGCAACCAGACGCUCCCCUUGGCUACCAUUGCGGCCAACCAGACGACGCUAUCCCAUUGCCCGGGGAUCUGCUUGCCCAACCGACGGGCCCCCACGACACGUCGCCGCUGGCGGGACUGUCGGAUGGCAGCCUUGAAGACUUUUUGAAUGACGAUGACGCACUGUUUCGAUCAUGGGACCCGCGGUUUGCACAGUCGGUCGACUUCUCCUUUAGCAGCAUCUUGGACCCCGGCAAUCCUUUUGCAUGA